AUGCUCUCCAAUCUUCCACGGGAUUUAGAAGAGGAUAUACUCUCUAGGGUUCCAUUGAUAUCUUUGAGGCGAUUACAAUCUACUUGCAAACGGUGGUACCAUCACGCUUUAUUCAGAGACCAAAGAUUCAUCAAAACGCUCUUUGAUAAAACAGUAAGGCAGUAUCAGGCUUUCACGCUGAUGGAUUUUAGGGUUUAUUCAGUGAGCUUUGAUACCAACAAAGGACCUUCAUUGGUGUUAACAGAUAAACUACGCGUAAUCGAUCCCCUCAGUAAUUCAGAGGUCGAUAUAUCUCAAGCUUUUCACUGCGAUGGCAUCUUGUUAUGCACCACCACGGACAACAGAUUUGUGGCUUUGAACCCGUUUUCGAGACAAACCAGAUGGAUCGAACCGAGAAAUCAUCACAUGAGAAGUGAGAUCUAUGCUCUUGGUUACGAUAACAAGGAAUUGUGCCACAGCUACAAAAUCUUGAGGUUUAUGGGUCCACACUACCAAACAGUGGAAAUCUAUGAGGUUAGGUCUAAUUUAUGGAGGAAUCUUGAUGCCUCUCCCGGUGGGGACUUAGAAUCUCUUGGUGUGUCUUUGAGAGGAAAUACUUAUUGGAUCUCCAAAAGAAGACGAGUCAAGGGUUACUUGCUACUCGAGUUUGAUUUUUCAACCGAGAUAUUUCAGAAGAUGUGUAUUCCCGUUCAGAAAACAGAGUUUAAUGAUGCUAUGGUUCUCUCAGCUGUUAGAGAAGAACGUCUUUAUCUGUUAUAUCAAUGUGCAAAGACACGAAAGAUGGAAAUAUGGGUGACCAAUGAGAUUGAUGAGACCACAGUUGCUUCGUGGAGUAAGUUCUUAACGGUGGAUUUCAAAUCUGGUAUACAUAUGUUGUUCAGCCGCGCGAGUUUCUUAGUUGAGGAGGAGAAGAAGAUUGCUGUUUGCUGUUAUCAAGAAAGGAUCAGCGGCCUAUUCAUUGUUGGACAAGACAAAUACGAAAAAUUUGUGUUUAGUUGUCGAGUCAUAAAAUGUAUGCCAAUUGUGUUUGGUUAUGUUCCAAGAUUGGUUUAA